AUGACUAAUACAGGUAGUAGUGAUGAUGAAAGGAGGGCUCGCCAAGAAGCCGAGAUCCGAGGAAGAAAUGACUUCACUCUACAAGCUAUGCACCAACAAUUCGAAAGACGGACCUUGCAAUUUCAAGAGAUCAAGGAUGCCAUUGCUGAACAAAAUGAGACAAUAGCUGAACUUAGGAGGGGAGGUCAACAUGUUGUACAACCACAAAAUAAUCCUAGGCCUCAAAAUAGAAGAAAUAUGCCCCAUGGCCCCAUUGUAAAUCAAGAAAACCCUAUAGAUGAUUUUGUUGAUGAUCUUGAUGUAAAUCUAGAUAGGGUAGGGAGAGAUAGGAGGGGACAACGAGGAAGAGUGGAAGAUGAUAACAUCAAUAGCAUAAAGAUGAAGAUGCCAACUUUCAAGGGCAUAAGAGAUCCAGACUUGUACCUUGAUUGGGAGCGGAAAGUUGAAGCCAUUUUUGAUUGUCACAACUAUUCUGAAGCUAAGAAGGUAAAACUUGCCGUUGUUGAAUUUUCUGACUAUGCUUCUAUUUGGUGGAAAAAGCUUACAAAGGAUAGACAACAAGAUGGAGAACCACCCAUUGCUACUUGGGCUGAGAUGAAGAGAGUCAUGAAGAAGAGGUUCGUGCCUUCCCACUUUCAAAGAGACCUACAAAUGCGUCUUCGAAGAUUGGAGCAGGGAACCAUGACUGUUGAUGAAUACUUCAAAGCUAUGGAUAUGGCUAUGAUCCAAGCUAAUUGUGUAGAAGAUGAAGAGGCCACUAUGGCUAGAUUUCUUAAUGGUUUAAAUAAAGAAAUAGCUGAUGUAGUAGAGAUACAACAAUAUGUAACUUUAGAUGAGUUAGUGGAUAUGGCUGUAAAAUUAGAAAAGCAAAUUAAAAGAAAGCAGCAAGCUAGCUCAUGGAGGAGUCAGCCAAACACCAAUUCAAAGAAGCCAUGGCCGAAACAAGAUGUGACUUCUAGGCCUCAAGAAGGCAAGGGGAAGGCCAAAGUAGAUGAAAAGGAGGGAGCUAGGAAGAUUUUUGAUGGAGAAAAUGAGAGUAAAAAAAGUGAGAAAGAGGAAGAAGAGGGAGGUGUGAGUGAAGAUGAUGUAGAACUUCCUUUUAAUGAUAGUUUGGUUGCAGUAGUUAGGAGGAUUAUGGCUAUCAAUUUGGGAGUCAAUAGUGAAGAACAAAGGGAAAAUAUAUUCCAUACUAGGUAUGAGGAUGAUACUCUUUGUGAUGUCAUUCCUAUGCAAGCUUGUCAUAUCUUGCUUGGUCGUCCAUGGCAGUUCGAUAGGAAUACUUUUCAUGAUGGAAGGAAGAACAGAUAUUCACUUGAGCUUAAUGGCAAGAAGUAUACUCUUGCACCUUUAACACCUUCUCAGGUGUUUGAAGAUCAAAAGAGAUUGAGGGAAUCAAUGGGAAAACAAAGGGGACAGAAAAAAGGUGAGCUUGAGGGAAAAGAAAUGAAAGAUGGCCAAGAGAGAGAGAAAGAGGGUAGCAACUUAAGCAAAGAGAUUCCAAAUAGGCCUUCUUAUAGGAGUAAUCCUGAAGAGACAAAGGAGUUGCAAAGGCAGGUUGAAGAGUUGCUUAAAAAAGGGUUUGUGCGAGAGAGCUUGAGUCCUUGCUCAGUUCCUGUUCUAUUGGUGCCCAAAAAAGAUGGAUCUUGGAGGAUGUGCGUGGAUUGUCGAGCUAUCAACAAGAUUACGGUAAAGUAUCGUCAUCAUAUUCCUCGUCUUGAUGACAUGUUGGAUCAAUUGCAUGGGUCCAAAAUCUUUUCUAAAAUUGAUCUAAAAAGUGGUUACCAUCAGAUUCGAAUGAAUCCUGGAGAUGAAUGGAAAACUGCUUUUAAGACCAAAUAUGGGCUUUAUGAGUGUUCUAAGGGAGUUGAGGUUGACGAAGAGAAAAUCAAGGCAAUUAGAGAGUGGCCUAAACCUAAGAGUGUAACUGAGGUUAGUAGUUUUCAUGGGCUUGCUAGUUUUUAUAGGAGAUUUGUUAGAGAUUUUAGCACCAUUGCUGCUCCUCUAACUGAAUCUUUUGAGGUUGAAUGUGAUGCUUCUGGAAAAGGAAUAGGUGCUGUUUUAAUACAGGAAUCCAAGCCUAUUGCAUACUUUAGUGAAAAGUUGAGUGGAGCUACAUUGAACUACUCAACUUAUGACAAAGAGCUCUAUGCUUUGGUAAAGGCUUUAGCUACUUGGCAGCAUUAUUUGUGGCCUAGAGAGUUUGUGGUUAAGACUGAUCAUGAAUCCUUGAGAUAUUUUAAGAGCCAAGGUAAGCUUAAUCGUAGGCAUGCAAAAUGGGUUGAAUUUAUUGAAACUUUCCCAUAUGUGAUUGCUUACAAGCAAGGAAAGGAGAAUGUGGUUGCUGAUGCACUGUCAAGAAGGGAAGCACAUUGUGGUGGACUCAUGGGACACUUCGGAGUGCCCAAAACAUUGGAUAUACUUGCUGAACAUUUCUUUUGGCCAGGCAUGCAAAAGGAUGUUGAGAAAGUGUGCUCUCAAUGUCUUGAAUGUAAACAAGCCAAAUCGAAAGUGUUACCACAUGGUCUUUAUACUCCUUUACCUGUUCCCACUUCCCCUUGGCUUGAUAUUUCCAUGGAUUUUGUGUUAGGUUUGCCUAGAACUAAGCAUGGUAAGGACAGUAUAUUUGUGGUGGUAGAUAUAUUUUCAAAAAUGACUCGCUUUAUUCCAUGUUUGAAGACUAAUGAUGCAUCACAUGUGGCUGAUCUGUUUGUAAAAGAAGUGGUUAAAUUACAUGGUAUACCUAAAACUAUUAUUAGUGAUAGGGAUGCUAAGUUUUUAAGUCACUUUUGGAGAGUUCUUUGGGGAAAGUUGGGAACUAAACUACUAUUUUCUACGUCUUGUCACCCGCAAACUGACGGGCAAACAGAAGUAGUUAAUAGGACUUUAGGGAAUAUGUUGAGGGCUGUUCUAAAAGGAAAAUUAACAUUUUGGGAAGAACAUUUGUCCAUGGUAGAGUUUGCCUAUAAUAGAACUGUCCAUUCUUCUACAGGUAAGUCUCCUUUUGAAGUUGUUUAUGGCUUUAAUCCCCUCACCCCCCUUGAUUUGCUGCCUUUGCCUACUGAUAAUAUUGUUAAUCUUGAUGGUAGGAAGAAUGCUGAAAUGAUGAAGAAGAUUCAUGAACAACCAAAGCUUGCAAUUGAGCGGAAGAAUGAGCAGACUGCCUUAAGGAGAAAUAAGGGGCGAAAAUCUGUUAUUUUUAAGCCCGGGGAUCAAGUAUGGGUGCAUUUCAGGAAGGAAAGGUUUCCUGCCAAAAGAAGAUCCAAACUCGACCCAAGAGGAGAUGGUCCAUUUGAAGUCCUUGAAAGGAUUGGAGACAAUGCUUACAAACUUGAUCUUCCUAGUGAGUAUCAAGUUAGUGCUACUUUCAAUGUUUCUGAUCUUUCCUUAUUUGAUGCAGGUUUAAAUUCGAGGACGAAUUCAUCUCAAGAAGAGGUUAUGUGA